GAACAACCCCUCCCCCCCGGUCUUGAGUGCAAAAGGUAAGCACCUUCGUAGCGUGUAAGCCUGAAGCCUCGCAUAAAAACCUCACAUCAGCUUGCGUCACUAUAUCAGAGAGCUCUCAUUGAGAAAUUCCCACGUCUAUCUUGUUCGAUCAAAAACAGUGCUGCGUCUAUCACGAUGGCACCGCAACCGCCAACUCAUAUCCAGCUAGCAACCGAGGCAGAUGCAGAUGCCAUUGCAGCCAUACACUAUGCAGCUCUCGAGCAAUUUCACGACUUCUACGCAACGUUCUUCGAGCGCCAUCCGCGAGACAUUCUCCCACUUUCAACGCGACUCGCUUUGAAGAAUCCCAAGAAUCGUUUCCUGAUCGCCGUCGUACCCGGCACACAUGCCGUUGUAGGUUUCAUCAGAUACCACGUCGUCGAUGCGACAGAGCCGCCUGCUGCUACCACACUGGCGAAGCCGACGGAAAGUGCGGAUACCGAGCCCACCGUGCCAUUCAUUUUCUCAAUCAAACCUCACAUGAAGGAGAUGUGGGAGCGCUUUGGCCAUCCGAGAGAGGAAGAAAUGGAUGAGUGUUACGAAAAGGCAGUGGAUGGACGGCGACAUAAUUAUGUGAAAAAUAUAAUGGUGGACCCUAAUCAUCAAAGGAAGGGUAUUGGAGCAAGUUUGCUCAAGGCGGUCAUCGACAUCAGUGACGAUGAGAAGAUUCCGACUUUCCUUGUUGCUUCGGCUGAAGGAUAUGGACUGUAUAAGAAAUUGGGGUUUGAGGAUCUUGGAACCUGGACCAUCGAUAACGACUACUGGUCCGAGAAAAUCGUUCAACACGAGAACGAGCUUGGAAUCGUGGGCAACGAGGGGUUAGCGGAAACGUAUCGGGGAACACAUGAGGUCGAGAAGUACAUGAUGAGAUGGAUCAUUGAGGAGUAAUGAUCUUGAAGUGUCAGCCAGCUUCCUAAGAACCAUAAUCAAGAAUGGGCAGGUACUACUCUGGACACCGAAGACCACAAGUAAGUACUACCUCGACAGAGGCCGUACUAUUGGUAGCAUGACCAUGGCGCUCUGGGCUCGGAUUCUCCAGGUAUCGCGACUGAGCAGCAAAGC